AUGGUCAACCAGAGCUCCCCUGUGGUCUUCUUCCUGCUGGGCUUCUCUGACAACCCACAACUGGAAAAGGUUCUGUUUGUGGUUGUCUUGUGCUCCUACCUCCUCACCCUCCUAGGAAACACACUCAUCCUCCUGCUGUCCACCCUGGACCCCAGGCUUCACUCUCCAAUGUACUUCUUCCUCUCUAACCUCUCCUUCUUGGACCUCUGCUUCACCACAACCUGUGUCCCCCAGAUGCUGUUCAACCUCUGGGGCCCUGCAAAGACCAUCAGCUUCCUGGGAUGCUUUGUCCAGCUCUUCAUCUUCAUGUCCCUGGGUACAACAGAGUGCAUCCUCCUGACUGUAAUGGCCUUUGACCGCUAUGUGGCUGUGUGCCAACCCCUGCACUAUGCCACCAAAAUCAACCCCCACCUAUGUCGCCAGUUGGCAGGUAUAGCUUGGGCUAUAGGUUUGGUCCAAUCCAUAGUUCAGACACCUCCCACCCUCAAACUGCCAUUUUGUUCCCACAGGCAGAUAGACAACUUUCUGUGUGAAGUCCCAUCUCUAAUUCAACUCUCUUGUGGGGACACCACCUAUAAUGAGAUCCAGAUGGCUGUUGCUAGUAUCUUCAUUGUGGUUGUUCCUCUGAGCCUCAUCCUUGUCUCUUAUGGUGCCAUUGCCAGGGCAGUGCUGAAGAUAAGCUCUGCAAAGGGGCGCAGGAAAGCUUUUGGGACCUGCUCAUCCCACCUCAUUGUGGUCACUCUCUUCUACAGCUCAGUCAUUGCUGUUUAUCUGCAGCCCAAAAACCUGUAUGCCCGAGAGAGGGGCAAGUUCUUUGGUCUCUUUUAUGCAGUGGGCACCCCCACACUCAACCCUCUUGUAUACACCCUGAGGAACAAGGAGGUAAAAAGAGCAUUCUGGAAGCUGCUAAGGAAAGAUGAGGACUCUGAGGAGAGCUGA